CCAACUUUCUCUACGCAUGCGCAGUUUGUAAAUGUUUUGUAGCAGGGACAAUUUUCGAGUUUCAUUCCAUUUCAUUCUGUUACAAAGACCUGAGACCACGUUUUAACUGAAAUUUAAAAAUUGAGGUUAAGUUGCGCUUUGAUAACCACGUGGAGAAAAUUUAUUUACUUAUAUAGUUUUUAAAAUUAAUUUCUGUUUAAAAAUAAUUUUUUACUUGUAAUAAAUAUAAAUUUACAAUGAAGUUGAAUAAACAGAAAAAAGUCACAGAGAAAGUAGAUGUGGAAGUUGAAGAAGAAGAAGAAGAAGAAGAUGUUGAAUUAGAAUCAGAAGAUGAUGAUGAUGAUAAUGAUGAUCAUGAAACAUUCAAAUUAAUGAUGAAGAGAAAACUUGAGGAAGCGGGUGAUGAAAACGAAAAGCCGGUGAAAAAAAUGAAAAAAGACAACGAUCUUUACAAGCCGCCGACAGUGGAGGAGUUGAACCAACUGCGAGAAACAGAAACUUUGUUUCAUUCAAAUUUAUUUAGGCUUCAAAUAGAGGAGGUUUUGACUGAGGUUAAGCCAAAGGAUAAAUAUAAGAAGCAGUUUGACCUCUGGUUCAAAAAAUUCAAGGACGCUGUGAUGUCCAUUAAAGAAACUGAGGACAAGGAGCUGAGUAAUUUGAAAUCUUUGAAGAAACUCAAAGUUAAGGUAGCGGAUGUCGAGGUACCAGCAAAUGAAAAAGGGACUUAUCGGUUUUUAAAACCGUCAAACAUCAGUGUCAUCGGUUCAUACUCUCUUGGAACCACAGUAGGACCCAACAUCAUGAUAGAUGUGAUGAUCGAAAUGCCAUCAUCUUUAUUUCAAAAGCACGACUACCAGAACUACAGAUACCUGAGAAAGCGCGCUAUUUACUUGGCAUACGUAGCAGCUAAUUUAGAUUCCGAAGUAGCAGAAAGGAAAUCAUAUUACGGCGAGAGCUGGAUGCCUAAGCUCAAAAUAAUUCCUGCCGGUUCAUUGGGCAAGCGGGUGACGGUCAAUCUUCAUCUAACCGCGGAGUCGACAAGUUUCAAAUUGAGUAGAUUUUUGCCGGAGAAAAAUAGCGUGAGACCUCAGUGGUAUUUCAAAGAUGACUCGAAGUCUGAUGAUCUCGUUCCAACACCUUAUUACAACUCGAACAUCCUUCGAGAUCUAACAAUGGCUGAAGUAAACUCACUAAACACUAAAAUAAUCUCCGAGUAUCCAAAUCUUAGGGACGGAAUUAUUUUGCUAAAAAUUUGGCUUCACCAGCGGCAACCAGAGCAAGCUUACGACGGAUUUAAUGGACACAUCCUGACUAUGUACGUAUUGUAUCUGCUGUACGAAAAAAAGUUGAGUACUUAUAUGAGUAGCUACCAGAUCAUAAGAAACGUAUGGAACAAUUUGGCACAGAGUAAUUGGACCGAGGAAGGGAUUUCCAUGUGCCAGGAACCUGAUGGUAAAUCUAGAGUAUCUCAGUACCAUAAAUACUAUGACUGCGUUUUUAUUGACACGACUGGUUAUCAUAAUUUAGUUGCUAAUGUAUCGGCUUGUAAUUAUCUGUGGAUUCGCAGCGAAGCAUCCCAGGCAAUUAAAUUUCUCGAUAGUUCAAAAGUCGACAGUUUUUACAAUCUUUUUAUGAAACGAUUGAAUUUUUAUUCCACUUUUGACCACUUUGUCUGCCUGCAUGACACUCAAGCACUUGAGCAGCUCGCGGAUAAGGUUUCUGAUGACUGUAAAUUAGACUUGGGACUUAACAAACGCGCUCGAGUCAUCAGACAGCUGAGAAAUGUUCUGACAAGAGGUCUGGGUAAAAGAGUAUCGGAAAUUUAUAUCCAGCCGGAGCAGUUCAAGGACUGGGAAGUUACUGAAGAUUGUUCAACGGGUAUUGGAAAAAUUUUGAUUGGCUUACAAUUAAAUCCCGAUUAUUGUUUCAAUAUCAUUGACAAAGGUCCUGGUGCUAAUUUGCCUGAAGCUGAGGAGUUUAGAAAAUUCUGGGGAACUAAAUCAGAGCUCCGGCGUUUCCAAGAUGGCUCGGUCUGUGAAGCUGCUGUUUGGGUAAAGAAAAAUUCAGUGCCCAAAGAAAAUUUAUCAUCAAAUAAAAAGAAAAUUUCGAAUAAAAAAAAAAUAGCUGAAGAAAAAAAACAUUUACCGGUUGAAAAAGUUGCUACGUUGUCUGAGAAAAGAAUAAUUUGUAAACAGAUAGUCAUGUAUCUUUUGAAAGUUAAAUUUAAUUUAACUAAAGAUCAAUAUUUGUACGUAGCAAAUCAGGUUGAAGAUGUCCUGCAUUUUAAAAGCACAAUAAUUACUAAAUUUCGUUAUGGAACUGGCGAAGAAGCGACACUGCAAGUUCUCAAAGUAUUUGGUGAGUUUGAGAAAGAAUUGACAUCACUUGCUGACUUGCCACUGGCUAUUACUGGUGUUCGAGGAAGCAGUCCAGUGUUCAGGUACACAGAUGUCUUCCCACCGCUCGCUUCCGUCUACAAAGCUGACGAUAAAAACACAAGAGCCGGCGAUCAUUGCUUGCUACUGAAUGAAGGCGACUUGGAAGAGGUGCCAAAGUACGCGCCCGCUAUCGAAGCAAGUGUCCAGCUUUCAGGAAGUGGAAAGUGGCCAGACGAAUUAGAAGCUGUAAGAAAAACAAAAGCGGCGUUUCACAUUCAGAUCGCGCAGUGUCUGAGAAAUCAGUUGAAGUUGAAAGCUAAAGCAAAUGUCAGCCAUGUCGAUGUCUUCAGAGAAGGAUUCGUUUUUAGACUGAGAGUCGCGCAUCAAAAGGAAAUAGCGUUUAUGAAGCGAAUCGUGGAUGAGAAUGGAGUAAUUAAGUAUAGAGACAAUGAAGAGUCGCUGGAGCUAGAGAAUAAACUGUUCCAUUUGCCAAAAUUAACUGGAGCACUCUAUGGUCUCCAUUCCCAGCAGCCUUCAUUCGGCCCCACUUGUUGUCUCGCUAAACGUUGGCUCUCGGCCCAACUCAUUGACUACUCUCAUAUGCCUGAAGUAGUUGUAGAACUUAUUGUGGCCUUUAUUUAUCUGUCACCUGACCCCUACAAGCCAACGCAGAUGCCACAAGUUGGUUUCAUCAGAUUUUUAGAAUUCUUCGCCAGCAAAAUUUGGAACACGGAAGCGAUUAUCGUUAAUUUUAAUGACGAAAUGACCCGUGAAGAAGUCCUGGCAGUUGAAAAUAUGUUUGGGACAUCGAAAGAAACCCUGCCAGCUCUAUUUAUUUCAACUCCAUAUGAUCACAAAACUUCAACUUGGACUAAAAGAGCACCCUCGAGAUUAAUUCUCAGUAGGAUUAGUUCGCUGGCGAAGGAAACCUUGAGACUUGUGGAGACUGAACUUUUGAAAAGUUGUACGCUGAUAUGGAGCCCGAUGUUCAAGCCGCCUUUAUCCGCUUACGAUUGCUUGAUCCAUCUUAAGAAUCAGUUUAAUCCUCGAAGGUACCAGUACCUUGAUAUUGAUGACAGUCUACCCAAAAGUACCUGGCAUCCGUACAAGCACCAUCCACAUCAGAAGUUGCCCGUCGUCGAGUUCAAUCCAGUUGAAAAGUAUUUGGAAGAACUUAGAGCUGGAUACGGCGAAUUCGCGCUAUUUUUCCAUGACACAUACGGCGGAUCUGUCAUUGGAGUUUUGCUAAAUCCACGUGCUCUUGACACAAAGGAUUUCAAAGUCGCAAAUAUAAACUGUCGACGACUAGGUACAGAUGGGAAACUUGCUCUCAACAUCGCUGCGAUGAUUGAAGAUUUUUCAAUAAUCGGACAAGGUCUCGUUGAUAAAAUAGAUUUACAAUCUGACAAGUUAUUGUAGAAAAAUAAAAUUUAAAAUUAUCGUUGUAUAUAAAAUUGAUAGUAAUAUUUUUUACUAAUUAUUAAAAAAUUAUAUAUAUGUAUAUAAUUAUUAUAUUUCUUUAAAAAAAAACUGCCUCCGAAUUUAAU